AAAUGAUUGAUUGCGAAAUUAUGUAAAGGUACGCACUACAAAAACAGAAGAGGUUGAUUAAUAUACAUAAACUUUUGCAUAUUUAUGAAGAUUACUGAAGCAGUUGAACGGAAAUUCGUUAUCCAACUAGAAUACUUGUAUCGACCAAAUAGGAGAACUACACUGUAGUAGCGCUACAACAGUCGGAGAAAUUAAGAUAUGGAAAUGGCAGAUUGAAAAUAAUGAAAAAACGUCCAACUAUGAUUCAAUUUUCGCCAGAUUUUUUUCUCGUAUAAUCGCGGAACUAAAAAUAUUUAAGCUUAAAUAAUGGAGUCUAGUGAUAAAUAUAGAUAUGGAAUGAAAUCCACUUUUUCUCAAUGUUUGGCGUUAAUGGGAGCUGGUUUCAUACAAGUCGGAGUGGGCACACAAUUGAUGUGUUCAACAAUCAUUAUAGGAGCGUUGCCGGAAAAAACGGCUGUGACUAUUCUAAACGAUGAAUUAACUAUGACAAACAAUGAGGCUUCUUGGUUCGGUAGUCUCAUGUACCUGUGCACACCUCUAGGGAGCUUCGUGUCCUCGCUGGUGCUGACGCGACUCGGCCACAAGAACUGCAUGAUCAUAACGAACAUACCCUACACGAUGGCGUUCGCGAUGAUGUACUACGCCGAAAAUGUGGCGACCAUGUACGCGUCGUCAAUCCUUAUGGGGCUGAGCAUAGGGUUCUCGGGCGGCCCGUUUUCCGCCUACAUCGGUGAGGUGUGCGAGCCGAAGCUCAGAGGGGCCCUGAUGUCUGCGACCAACGUGUUCUACUUCGGCGGAUCGUUCAUGGUCACUGGGGUGUACGCGAUCACCCGCCAGUGGAGACUGACCUUACUCAUCAACAUGGCGAUCCCGGUCAUAACCGUCAUUAUUUUGAUCUUGUGCCCGGACUCUCCAAUAUGGUUGUUACACAAGGGCAAGGUCGAAAAAGCACAGAGAGUGCUGAGCAAGCUGAGGGGUUGGGUGUCGCACGAAAAGUGUUCGAACGAAUUCCACGAGAUGGUUUUAUAUACGACAGAGAAUAAAAACACGUCUAGCGGCGAUCAAAACGUCGAAGACGACUUCUUGGACCGUUGGAAACAAUUGCUCGAGCCCGACGUGCUCAAACCUUUCUGGUUGCUGAUGAUGUACUUCUUUUUCUCCAACUUGUUGUCCGGCGUGCCGUUGAGCCCGUACUUGGUAUACGUGUUCACCGAGUUCGGCGUGGAUGUCGACGUUUCGUCCAUCAUAGUAUUAUCGCAAUGCAUAGCCAUGGUUGGCGGUGUGCUGACAGUAUUUUCGGUGAACAAACUUGGAAAACGGUUCCUCACGUUGUCCACGCUGUUAAUCACCUCCCUAUGUUACAUAUCCAUCGGGCUGAUUGGCGUAUAUUGGACGGAUUCAAAACUGCUAACCUCAAGGCUGAUACUAAUACUCUAUCUCGUCAGCACGUUCGUAGCGUCGCUGGGGAUAAUGCCUAUCGGAUGGAUACUGUUGUCGGAAAUAUUCCCUAUGAAGAGUAGAAACAUUACUUGUAGCAUGUGUUCGACGCUGUCUUUUAUACUCAGUUUUUUCAUGACCAAAAAUUAUCUAACUUUCGUUGCCUUAGUAAACUUAUACAAUACAUUUACUAUAUUUGGGAUUUCGGGUUUGAUCGGGUGUGCGUAUUUUUAUUUUUAUUUACCUGAAACCGAAAACAAAACAUUGCAAGAAAUAUCUGAGUUUUUUAAAUAAAAUUCUUUUAAAUAUAAUGUACUUAAAUUGAACACUAUUUUUUUUUUUACAAUAUGUACGAC